AUGCGCCUUACUGCUGCUAUUGUUGUGCUCGCCGCCGGUGCCAUCACUAGAGCUCAACUAUCUAAUAUCCCCCAAUGCUCUCUUACCUGCUUUACUUCGACCCUUGGCGGGGACGGCUGCUCUGAGCUUACGGAUUUCGCGUGCCAUUGCCAAAAGCCUGGCCUCGCAGCGGAGAUUGUGCCAUGCAUCAAUAAAGCCUGUGAUAUCACGGACCGAAAAGUCGUAUCCAGCGUCGUUGAAUCUUUGUGUUCCGGUGUUGGCCAUCCGGUCUCUAUCCCCGCGGUGGACACAUCGAUUCCCACAACGACUGCCAUAGGAGCUAUCCCAACCACAGCGAGGAGCUCCAAUUCUACCACAGUCAGUGGUCUCGGAUGGAGCUCCAAGACUUCGUCCACGAUCAAAACUUCGUCCACGAUCAACACAGCUUCGCCUCAGAGCACCUCCCAGUUCAACAGUGCCUCCAGUAUUGCACCCGGGGCUGUUCAGAUGGUCGGUAGUGCUAUCCUGUUAGCCAGCAUGAUCUUUUUUGUUUGA